CUAUCUAAUGAUUUUUGAAAGACACUGCUCAAGAGCAGUGUUUUUACAGAUUGAAGGUGAUUAUCACUAAUAAUUUUAGUACAUACUACAUAUAGUUUGGAUACGUGCUAACGCGGAAAAUUAAGAUACAUAGGUUUAUAUUGUGUGGAAUUGUUUUUGUGUGUUUUUUUAAGUGUUUUUCUUCGUUUUAAGUAAAUUUGUUAUAAUUAUGGCGCGCGCUUUUCUAUUGGGAUAUGCGGAGGAAGAACGUAGACGUAAUAUUCUAAGAAUUGAAAGACGCCGUCUGCGUGACGCUAGUGAUCCAUUGCAGUUGCCAGAGAGAGAGUUCAUUGGACAUUUUCGUUUAACAAAACUUGGAUUCCAACAGGUUUUGGUGGAACUUAGUCCUCAUCUACCAAUAGUUAAACGAAAUACAGGUGUUCGCAAUGAACUCAAAAUUUUAGCAGCAUUAAAUUUUUAUGGCAAUGGAUCAUAUCAACGGAAUGUGGGUGCAUCAUUUCUACUGAAUAUGUCACAACCUACAUUCAGUAAAUGUUUACAUGAGGUAACUGGUGCACUCAAUACUAACGAAAUCCUUAGGAAGUACAUAAAGUUUCCUAUGGCACAGCAUGAAAGGGAAAUAAUUAUGAAGGAUUUUAUGGAGAAAUUUGGAUUUCCGGGAGUUAUAGGUUGUAUUGAUGGUACACAUGUGGCUUUAAUCCGUCCUAAGGAGCAUGAGGAAACUUAUUUUAAUAGAAAGAAUUACCAUUCUUUAAAUGUUUUACUAAUAUGUGAUGCUAAACUGACCAUCCUCCAUGUUGAUGCAUCAUUUGGUGGUGCAUCUCAUGAUUCAUAUGUUUGGAAUCAAUGUGCAAUAAAAGCAUUUUUAGAAGGACUAGAAAGAAAUGGAGAGCACUGUUGGCUGUUAGGUGAUUCUGGAUAUGCUCAACGCCCCUGGAUGAUGACUCCAAUCAUAGGUGCAGCUCCGGGAUCGCCAGAAGAGUAUUAUACAGAACUUCAUUGUCGGGUCAGAAAUACUGUAGAGCGAUGUAUUGGAGUACUUAAAUCACGUUGGCGGUGUUUGCUAGCACACAGGGUACUUCAUUACGAUCCAGUUACCACUGGCAAGAUAGUGAAUGCAUGUGUCGUCCUGCACAAUAUAGCCAAUGCACAAAAUAUUCCAAUACUUGACUCACAGGAUGGUGAUCUUGACAAUGACCAACAGCACCAAGUUUGCUUACAGGCAAGGAUUGAUGCUCCUCCAGAUGAAAGUAGGGUCAUAUUAAUUAAUAGGAUUUGGAAUGCUAGAAAUAUUUUGUGAUUAUAAUUAUUUUUAUUAGUUAAAAUUAGAUUAGUUUUUAUUAUGUUAAAAAAAAUAUUGUUUU